GCGCGGGCUGUGAUUGGCUAGUGGUCGGUCCCCGCCGCCGUUGCUUGGGAGCUGACGUGUCUUUCGAUCUCCGCGCGGCAUCGAGUGAGAGUCCGGGCGGCCCAGAGCCUUCGCAAUCCGAGCCUUUCCCCCCAGCAACAGCAACCGGACACAGAGAGCCGCCAACAUGGGCAUAAAAUUCCUUGAAGUUAUCAAACCAUUCUGUGCGGUGUUACCAGAAAUCCAGAAACCAGAGAGAAAGAUUCAGUUUAGAGAAAAAGUACUAUGGACAGCAAUUACACUCUUCAUCUUCUUAGUCUGUUGCCAGAUUCCUUUAUUUGGUAUCAUGUCAUCAGACUCUGCAGAUCCCUUCUACUGGAUGAGAGUUAUUCUGGCUUCAAACAGAGGUACACUGAUGGAACUUGGUAUUUCGCCGAUUGUCACUUCUGGUCUCAUCAUGCAGCUUCUGGCAGGUGCAAAGAUUAUUGAAGUUGGCGAUACUCCCAAAGAUCGGGCUCUCUUCAAUGGAGCACAGAAACUUUUUGGUAUGAUCAUCACUAUUGGACAAGCCAUUGUAUAUGUCAUGACUGGAAUGUAUGGAGAUCCAUCUGAAAUGGGAGCUGGCAUCUGUUUACUGAUCAUUAUUCAGCUGUUUGUUGCUGGGCUAAUUGUGCUGCUCCUGGAUGAACUGCUGCAGAAAGGAUACGGCCUUGGAUCUGGCAUCUCUCUCUUUAUCGCCACAAACAUCUGUGAGACCAUCGUGUGGAAGGCUUUCAGUCCUACCACUGUGAAUACGGGUAGAGGAACCGAGUUUGAAGGUUCAAUCAUUGCCCUGUUCCACCUCCUGGCCACACGACAGGACAAAGUCCGCGCUCUUCGUGAAGCCUUUUACCGUCAGAACCUGCCAAAUCUCAUGAACCUCAUUGCCACCAUUUUUGUUUUUGCGGUGGUCAUAUACUUCCAGGGCUUCAGAGUAGACCUUCCAAUUAAGUCUGCCCGUUACCGUGGACAAUACAACACCUAUCCUAUCAAGCUUUUCUACACAUCUAACAUUCCCAUCAUCCUCCAAUCUGCUCUGGUCUCCAACCUCUAUGUCAUCUCUCAGAUGUUGUCUACGAGAUUCAGCGGCAACUUCCUCGUCAAUCUUUUGGGGACAUGGUCUGAUAAUACGGGUGGCGGUCCAGCCCGUGCAUAUCCCGUUGGGGGUCUCUGCUAUUACCUCUCUCCUCCGGAAUCAUUUGGUUCGGUGUUGGACGACCCUGUUCAUGCAGUGAUUUAUAUUGUCUUCAUGUUGGGCUCCUGUGCCUUCUUCUCCAAGACCUGGAUCGAGGUGUCUGGUUCUUCUGCCAAAGAUGUAGCUAAACAACUAAAAGAACAGCAAAUGGUGAUGAGAGGACAUCGGGAGACCUCAAUGGUCCAUGAGCUUAACAGAUAUAUUCCCACUGCCGCUGCUUUUGGAGGCUUGUGCAUUGGAGCACUAUCUGUACUUGCGGACUUUCUGGGGGCCAUUGGGUCUGGGACUGGUAUACUAUUGGCAGUGACCAUCAUUUACCAGUACUUUGAGAUCUUUGUGAAAGAGCAGAGUGAAGUGGGGAGCAUGGGAGCCCUGCUCUUUUAACAGUGCAACGACUCUUUUCCUUUGAGUGUUUUUGUGAGAGCCCAGGCGAGAGAGAUUUCCAGAUUAUCACAGCGGGGGGAAGAAUGUUUCUGAACCCUAUCUUGCCCAGAGCUGCAUUUUUAUUUUCUGACAAUUCACUGCUCUGAGUGGGAUAGGGUUAAUUCAGCUUUUCAUUGUUUUUUUUGGUACCAAGAACUGAAAAACACACUUUGGAAUCUUGUUUAAUUAUGGUUAAAAGCACAAAUUUCCACUGUGGGAAAGGUUUGGCGUGGGUGUGUGCACGUGCGUGUGUGUUUUCUUUCACUGCGAUUCAAAGGUGCAACUAAAAUAUUCAGGAGGAACUGAUGUUUCUCUUGAAUUUUAAAAUUCUCAAUGCCACUGUGGGUAAAUACAUGUAUGAUUGAGACUUCCAGGCCAGGGAGUCUCUGGUUUGUUCUCUGAUCUGUUGCUGACUUAGGAACUUGAUCAGUGCAGUGAACCUCAACACUCCUGAGCUGGAUGGUUGCGAAGGGAAGUUCAGACAACGCUCUCAACAACAAUUCAAAAGUGCCGGUUCUAAAAAUACAUGGACAUCUGGCAAGGACAGGGUCAGAUUCUGCUCUGAUUCAACUUAUGGUUUAAUAGUCAGCUGAUGUACCUAAGCUCAGAUGUGCAAGGGGACUACUUCCACCCAUGGGAUGGUGCCUCAGCAGGGAUUGGCCCUCUCCUAGAUAGAAAGAAAGAAGACUGGGGAGAACAUUUAAAUGAUCCUGGGACAGAUAUGUCAUGUAAGUGAUGCACGGCUUGUGUUGGAGACCUGUAUAAUAGCACUACCCGUCCACAUGUAUUCAGCAUAAUGUUGGGAUGCUGUCCAUUCAUUCCCCUCCCUCCUAGUUUCUUCCUCUUGUGUUAAAGUAUGGCCAGUACAGUUAUGGCAGGGGUUGAUUAAAAAAAAACCAAGAGAUCACCUGCAUAGCACUGACAUUGCUAAACUUCACAUUGUACGGUUUUGAUAGUGGAUGCAGCAGCAAAUUUAUUGGAAUUUCUAGGGUUGGAGUAUUUAGAGAUGUGAGUCUCUUGAUUGUAUGGAUGAUACUUUGUAUUAUAACCAGUUGUUGAGUGUUUGGAGUUAGAAUUGCUUAUGCUUGUUAAACUUCAAACAAUUGAACCUUAAGGUGCAGGUUAGAAUUCUCUUGAUUUGAUACUUUGAACAAAUAAAAUAAAAAUUUGACAUUUAGCUUCUAAAAGGCAGGUUAAAUGUAGAUUUUUUUUUUCCAUACAACUGACUGAUGCCUUUGAUUUUUCAUUCAUUCCCUUUGCCACCAGUUCAGAAAUGAACCAUGCAGUGCUUAUUGAGGAGUUUCUGUGACUUCUAUUCCAACGCCUCCUGGACCAAGCUGGGGUAGGAAGGUGUUGCCUGCUCCUGACCAUCCUUCACUGCCUCCUGCUGCGUUAUAUAUGGGACACAUCGGGCCGAAUUGCCUGGUGACACUUUAUGGUCUGGGUUCGUGCAGGCAAAGUGGCCAGAUGGAGUGUGCAGGCUGAGGGUGCAGCCACCUCUCCUAGGGAGAGGUGGGGACGGCUGGUAUCCUGAAUGCAUCUGAAAAUACUGAGCUCCAUCAGUAAAUUUGCUGGCGCCUGUCUCCAAACCUUUUUUUUUUAAGCAUAGUUAGUUUUGUAUGUAAUUGUCAGCACCCAGAUGAAAACUGAUGUUCCUGUGUUGUGAUAAUGAAAUUUUAAAGGAUUCUCUCUCGCUGAUUGGUGUCAAAACAUUUCAGGAUUUCUCUCUCUCUCGCUCUCUUUCAACCAAUGGUUCCAGUUUGGGGGAUAAAAAUGGAAUUUCUAUGCAUUCCCACCUUGUUGGCUGUGACUAAACCUCAUUAAGCAGUGUUUGUUCUUCUCCAGGACCUGCUCACUUAAAACCCAGUCUUUAUAAAUAAAAGUGUUUGAGAAAA